AUGUUGUUCAUCAGCAUUCCAGCCCUGGGCUUUAUCGCCCUCUCUUUGUUCAUUGCCUACAGAUUCAUAUUAUAUCCUGCCUUCUUGUCGCCACUUUCGAGCAUACCGAACGCACAUUGGACCUCUCCAUUCACUCCUCUCUGGAUUCUCUGGACCCGUUAUCGCUGCUUCGAAAACCGCUCUGUCCAUGCUGCUCACCUCAAGUAUGGCUCCGUCAUUCGACUUGCUCCAAAUGAGCUUAGUAUAAAUGACGUGGAUGGGUUGAGAACUGUCUAUGCUGGAGGAUUUGAAAAGGGCGAAUGGUAUUCAAUCUUUGACAACUAUGGGAGUGUUCCAUGCAUGUUCUCAGCUUUGCAUUCGCGCCCACAUUCUGCUCGAAAGCGCAUGAUAUCAAAUGUCUAUUCAAAAUCGGUUCUGCACAGCUCUCCUGCUCUUGCCAGACAAGCUCAAGUCAUACUUUACGACCGUCUGCUCCCUAUCUUAACGUUACCUUCUGCUUCAAAUGCUUCUGCUGGCAUUGAUAUACACCAAAUUUGGAAUUCAACUACCAUGGACUUCAUCACCGCCUACCAGUUUGGCCUGAAAAAUGGGAGCAAUUUUCUUCAAAAUGAAGCUGAACGUCGACAUGUCGGCAACCAGCCCGUGGUGAUGGAAGCCAUGCUCGCUGGGAUUGCGAAAGAAAGCAAAACCAAGGGCCACGAGUCUGUGCUCAAUAGCACGACUCUUCAAUACCAAGAUCUCAGUAUCGCGUCUGAGAUGAUUGAUCAUUUGGCUGCUGGCCACGAGACAUCCGGCAUUACCCUCACCUACAUCUCAUGGAAUCUCUCCCGCGAUCUCGCGCUUCAGGAUAAGCUGCGAAGAGAACUCCUUGCACUUUCUCCCAAGACGUCACUCUCUUCGCCAGCCUCCGAGAAAAGUCUUUCCAGCCCAAAAGAUCUCGAUUCCCUCCCUGUAUUGCACGCGGUCAUCAUGGAAACUCUGCGUCUCCACGCCGCGAUUCCGGGUAGCCAGCCGAGAAUGACACCUUAUCCUUCUUGUACUCUGGGGCCAUAUACGAAUAUCCCUGGUGGUGUCCGGGUUCAAGCACAAGGACACAGUGUUCAUCGCAAUGCCGAAGUGUAUCCCGAGCCUGAGAAAUGGGAUUACAUGCGCUGGCUGGACGAUGAGAAUGGAUAUACCGAAGACCAGAGAAAGGAGAGGGACCGAUGCUUUUGGGCUUUCAGUAGUGGUGGGAGGAUGUGUGUUGGCAAUAACUUUGCUAUGCAUGAAAUCAAACUGGUUAUUGCAGCUGUAUACUCGAACUUCAGGACCCAUAUCGUAAACGAUGAUGGUAUCGAGCAAACUGAUGGAUACACCGUUGGCCCCGCUAGCAACCAGCUGAUAUUGAGAUUUGAGAAGGUUUAG